AUGGCGUUGCCCCGGCUCCCGUCUAAGGAGUCGAACGCCCUCACCCGGCACGACUCUUCCAACACUGCGUACUUCCAGGACUACUGGUCGGAAAACUCGUCGGAUUCUGGACUAUCCCAGGGACAGGACAACGCUUGCACUCCCUUAUGCGGAAACGGAGGUCGUGUCCGUGGGUUUCAAGCAUCGGUUGUCGUGCCACCCCCUGCGCCCUCCCCCGGACAUCAGACGGGGCAGUUCACUACACUGAGUCACCCCUCGCAGUAUGAAACAGUUACCGCUGCUCACGAAGGUGGUGGCGUCCCACAGCACCAACAGGAAAGCAGUCUCCACCAUUCUUCUGUGUGUCAUAUUCCUCCGGGUUCUCAAUGCAGCCCACUUCAGCGAUCUGCUGUGGAUUUGACCUCUGCUUCUGCAGGUGGCCACUCCCCUUCUGGGUACUCACGCCCGCAGCAACUGCCGAUAAGAGACCACCUGAGUAGUCAGGCCAAUUCUCUCUUUGUUUCCGCCGCGAAUGGUCACCUCGUGACGCAGAGUCAGGGUCAGGCGAAAGUCGAGAAUCCGACGAACCACAUUCAGCCUACCCUUGCCCACAACGGCGAUGCAGGGAACCCUGCGAGUCGGGGGACGGGAGCUGAACGGCCUGAAACGAAGAAGGGGAAGCGAUCGCAAGGCAAGAAGGCGGGGGAGGGAGCUUCUCGCGGAAAAGGCACUCCGCAAAAUACGGCGUCGAAGACCAAGGGAAACGAACAGCAGCCGCAAGGCGCCAGCGGUAAGCAGGACGCGAGCAAACAGAAACGCACGACGUUAAAGAGAAACCCCGCUGGUAAGCCGGAGCUUGCCGGUGUAUCAGCCAAAUCACUCCCAGUGGGUGACGCAUCGAUGGGCGCUGAAGCAGCUCUUGGAGUUGCCAUAUCCGCAGACUACCUAAAGAGAAAUCAACAGGAGGACAGCGGUGUAGCACCUUCACCGAGCGAAGCUGCCGUGACCACUCAGUCAGGUGGAGAAGGUUCUAGGAUCUCGGCUGGCAUUUCACCAGCGCAAAACCUUCCCGGUUCGUCGGCCGCUGGCGCGUCGAAAGGGGUCGUCGCUCUCGCGCAUGAUAUUACCCCAGGGUGGGGGAUGCUGCCGGCCGAAGCACAACACUAUUCCGCCACCACAAGUCAGCAACAGCGAGAAUGGAGGAGCUUGAAAGAGAGCGUUAGAGAGAAUCAACACGGAUCAGAUAAAUUGGCAGGGGAAGGUGUCUUUGUAAACAAGGUGCCUCGGCAAAUUCUACCCAGUCCCCCAAAUCCGGCCCUCUGUGUAAACACAGAGCGACCACCAUCAAGGCCGUGCAUCGAUAUCAAGUUCCGGCUUCUGUCACGCCAAGAGCCGCGCGCCGGCGGUGUCCUGUCCAAGAGCCUCAUGCAGCCGAUGUUGACAACAGGGAUCACACCGAGGUCGAAAGCAGCGUCCAGAAAGGUGUCAGAAGCAAUAUCCAGAAAGAUGUCGAAAGCGACGUCCAGAAGGAUCUCGAAAGCAACUGCCCUGCCGAUUUCGAAAAGUGACAUCCUGUCAGAGCCCGGCGUCGUUGACUCUGAAGGGAAGGUGCGAUUCCGAGUGUUCCAGGUGAAACGUCCGGGAGAAGAUAGAUGGUCGCUCGUUGCAUACAAAUGGCUGAAUCACAAGCGUUCGCCUCAAACUGCAGAAGAUUGUGUGCCUCUCUCCUGCAAUGAGCAGUGCGGCGGCACUUCCACUGCAGUCUGUGGAGCCUCUGAAAAAAGCGUUGCCAUCUCACACGGCACGGGUGCGAGUAAACAGGAAGGCGGGCUGAGUUCGUUUGUGUUCCCGUGCGCCAGUACCGUCUCGCUACAGAUCCCUGGAUGCAUGGACUCUGUGCAGACACCUGCUGUCGGCGAUCAAGGCCGGUGCAACACCUCUUGCCUCCCGACUGUUGAGGCUCCCCAAUGGUGCUCUCAAGGACAAGUCCAGCAAUGCAGUGCAAGCGACAACGCUGAACUUGGGCUAGUUGCUUCAGGGGAGACAGCUCCUGGCGAACCGUACCAACUCAGUUGCUACGGGAUAGAUGCGGGGCAAUAUUGUCAGUUCGGGGAUGGCACACCGGCUGAGCCUGUGGAAUCAUGGUGGACACCUCAGGCAUCGGCGGAAGACUUACAGAUGGUCGACACGCAUUAUAUGGACGCAGAGGCAUGGAGCCAGCCGAACAAUGGUGAGGGCGUCUGGAGUGAUCAGUUCGGUAUUGGAGAUUUCCCACAGGCAUUCAAUUCUCAGGAGGCCCGACGGUCCUCGACCAAGCUCAAGCAAGGAAAUCUGCCUCGAGCAUCGCUGGCACAAACAAAUCCAACAUCAUCCGCCGCAGUCGCUGUGACAUCGAGUAUGCCUGUGAAUCAGACGGAGUCAAGAGCGUCUCGAGCACAUGUUCGACAACGCACAUCGCAGCAGCCCCCAAGCCGGAAGGCCACCCGUGUGUCAGUCCCUGCUGAGGCGAAAGAAGGUCGAAAGUCCGUCGGCGAGCCAAGACAUUCGAUCGGGAUUGGCAAGCGUGUGAGUUCGACAUCAGCUUCUCCAGGAGGAGCUUCAACCAGUUCUCCAGCCAGAGUGAUCUCGUUCGCGCCAGCGUCCUAUCUAAAGCGUGCUACUUCAAAACGGGGAACCGUGGCUCAGGAAGUUAGCUCCUCUGGUGCCGCAACCGCAUAUACAUUGGUGGCGGAUGGUGGUGCGCAACAUUCACCACAGUCCAUGGCCAGCUUUUCGAGAGUCGAGCAGAAGUCUCCGUCGGCGAACAUGGCUGAUGUUGCGUGCUCAUCGUGGCAAUGUAAGCCUCUCAGCUGCUGUGAGAAAACUGAAUCGUAUGUUUCCGCUCCUCCUGUCUCUUCUUGCACCUGGACUCGGGCCGGAACGACCGCAAAUGAGCAGCAGGUGCCCUCUCCAGCCGUGAGCUCUGAAGAACUUGACGUUUUACAACAGGUACCUGCACACCUUCGCUCAUCGGCAUUGUUGACUGGACCUGAAGCAUCCCAGGCCGUACCACCUGCUCGCACGACAACCGCACCGACUGAGUAUCAAGUCCCCGUAGGUGCCGACGCAUCUGACCGUCAGACAAAGAAAGAGUUUUCGUUGAAGAGCUGGCUAGUAAAUUCUUUGUUAUGGUCAGCCUGCCGAGAAUCAGACAAUGCAGACACGAAAAAAUCAGAACCCUCUCCGGAGGUCUCAGGCCUUGUCAAGGAGGAAGAGGAAGGGGAACUCCCCCAGAUAUCUCAGGAACAAGCAAAGCAACUCAAGGACGAAGCAGAACACGCGGAUGACCGUGUAGAUGUCUUCCCGCCCCACCAAAUCUCACGCGACAAACAGCGGAAGGAUGGUAGCAUUUCGGUCUUUUUCCGAGAGAUAAAACGACGCCAAGACACUCGCAAAUUGCAUAGUAGACGCCAGGACAGUCGAAGCGCUACGGCCAUCUUGGAAAGGCUGGCGUCUGCAUCUUCCGUUUCUGCUGCUGCAGCGACAAAGCCGGAAGAUGAACUCAUGUCGCUUCUGUCAGCCGCCACCAUCUACAAAGACAAACCAGAGCCCGUCUUCCUCUUCCGCGUAAUUCAAUCCCAACAGGCCAAGGACAGAGAGUGGAGGCGACUUGUUGCAUUCCGACCCCCCGUGCAUGUGCGGCAACCUCCCGCGCCUUAUCUGCCUCACACAGAGAGUCACAUGGCGAACAGCCAAGGCGUUCACGGAGAUUCCGCUUCCAUGAGAUGUGUCGUGCCUUCAGCGUGUUGCCGCUCUGCUUCUGUUCAGUCCGAUGACUCAAUUGUGACGCGCAAGUAUGAACACCGAACUAGCUACGUGCCUUUAGCCACGCGAGGCAAGACGCUCCAUGUUGUGACACACCAUGGGGUUGAAAACGCGACGCAGAGCGUCCUACGGGACGAACAAAAGACGCAAAGCGAACGCCUUCCGUGCGUUUCCUCAUUUGCUGUCAAGAUGGCUAGAGAGGCGGCUGAACGCAUGGCAGUGCGUCAAGCGAUCAAAGAGGCGAGGGGAACUGGGUCAAGUGACCGAAGCGGGACAGAGCUCCAAACGACAGAGGAAACGGAACUCGUCGAGACUGACAGGGAAGAGGAGGUGGACGAUCACGAGGAACCGAUACAAGAGUACGAAUUUCAAUGGGAAGGUACCUGGAGGAGCAUUGCCGGAGCGGCAGAGCUGUUCUGUUGCUCUGAUGCAUGUGCAAGCCAAACACCUAUCACCCCUUCAACUCGUCGGGAAGCACCAAUGGUGAUGAUCGAGGAUAGUGCUGAUGAGGAAGACAAGACAGAUGUUGAGGUGGUAAUUGAGGAAGGACAGGAGGAAACUGAAGACGCUGUUGAGGAAGGAGGGAAACAACUUCAUGGUGCAGUUGAGGAAGGAUAUAAAGAAGCCGAACAGGUAAUUGUUGAGGGAGAGGAAGGACCUGUGGAAACACUCGAGCAGCAGGGGGAGCAAGAUGACGAGGUAGAGAACGCUGACUCCUGGUGUAUGCUCUCAUCUGCUCCGGAAAGCGUCCAAAGGGGAAGCUGUACUUCGUGUUGUGACGGGUGGAGAUUGACUGACAACCCUCCAGCAACUAUAAGUCCGUCAUGCACUUCUGUCCGAGACAGCGCACCGGAAUCUCGCAGCGAAACAGUACUAAGUCAGGGGACGGCACAGUAUUCUAGCCUUUCCUCCUCACGUUCUCUACAGCCCAAAUGUUCAUACAGCUGUUGGGGCUUCCCUAAAUAUCCUUUCUCGUCAAAAGAAAGCGUCGCCUCGGAGACGGGCCCCCGAAUGCCCCGUGAGUCGCCCUUGUUGAGUCCUCCAUCUGCACAAGAAGGAGAUACGGCAUACGAAGACGGUUUUCCUGUUGAUGAUGGUCUUGAAGAAGAGCAACGACAAACCCCUGUCUAUGUCAUCCCUCCUGCAUCAGCAAGUCUUGGUUACCAAGCGGAUGGAAGCUUCCCUUACACGACACUAUGGGGAUACUCCUACCAGCAGCCCCCUGUAGCCGCAAUUCCUGUUACAAUUCCUUCACCAGCCACGACCUUUCCAUCUACGCUGUCUCAUUCUGUCAUGGAGGGAUCUGGUGUUGGGAUUCCUCAUCAAACGUCAUUUUCUACGAGCAGCCCUGAAUUUCCUGUUGCUUUUCUGCCCACAACUGUGGUGCCCUUUCCGGCUGCUCCCGCGCCGGAACCAUCGCACGUACGGCUCUCCAAGAUUCGUUUACCGCCACCCCCCCCACCAGAAAUGUCUGAGAGUGAAGGCGCACGGCUGUUGGUCACGUCGAGAGAGGAAGAAACACAACGAGGUCCCCCAACAUGGGCGGUUGUCCCCACGCCGACCCAUCGAGUCAGGAUCGCAGUGCUGCCGGGGCGGCAACCCUCGUCCGGGGGAGAUGAUGCAGUGCCAUGCGAGUCUUGGUGUGGUACUCAGUACUGCUGCGAAUGAAAAGACAUGAACGGAAAAUUGAUUCGCAUGUGCAAUUGUACACUCAGAUAAGAACCUCCAGAGACAAUUUCACAAAGGGCAGGUGAUGAAAGGUUGUUUAGCCAAGUUACGGUUUUGGACGAAAGUUUGUGGUUCUUGUCCCUUCCUGCGUUUGAGAAGAUAGGAAGCCUCCGUCAUGUUCUGUUUGUUGUUACCCGGCUCACACCGGAUAUAGUAACUGUAAGCUGGCUUGAAGAAGCCUCUGUAGAUUGUUUAGUUGUGUGGUAAAAACUGUUAUGUGUCUGCGAAGGUCCGAAGUCCGAAUCAAAAAUUGAAUUAGGGUAUUCUGGUAAAUGAUACGUGGAGCUGAUCUCACCUCUAGGAACAGAGUUUUCGCCCUUGUCCGGAAACCGCUUAUGAAGUGACUUCCCAAAGCAAGGAUUUUUAGGUUUCCAAGAGAUGCUUUGCAGUCUCCGGUCUCACUUUCAAAAGGGUUGCCAUAGAGUGAGAAAAGGGCAUCCCUGUGCGAGGUGAUGGUUCUCGCCUGUGUUGAUCGUGAACAGCACUAGGCACGAAGAACAGAACGUGUGACUCCUCACAUCCCACCCACCUUGCACCAUCUUAUUUCCUCGCAUGGCACAGCCGGGUGUAAUUUUCCGGGAUGAUUGGUGCGCAGCCAUUCUGUACAAAGCAGCGUUCUGCAUCAUCGUUAUGGUCGAGGAUGUUUUGCUCAUGAUGAGCGUUUUCAUUAUCCGCACCAAUCCUUGCGAGACUUUCUUGCCCCUCAUUUGCUGUCUCGAAUGGGGAAAACGACGUCAUCUUGUCUAACGACUGCGCUAACCCGUACACAAAUAGACGUCAGUCUGUGCCGGAACAAGGACCAGCAGGCGCGUUGUGAGACAAGAUGGUAACGUUGUGGAACGUGCUUAUUCUUGAGAGCAGACUGGUCCAUGAGGGUGCUCUCGUAGUGAGGUGCAGUUUCAGUGUGGUUGAUAUCAUGUCCUUUUCGGAAGCCGUCACUGCAGCAAAAUGUGAGGCGCCUUCCCAGUUUGCGCUGUUGGAUUUGCGGUAUCUCAAAAUCGCUGAAUGAUGCAAUAAUUGUGGAGACAACCAAUUACGUUUUCUAGGAAACGCUGCUCGGAAAAUAAGGUGCUCUCUCAAAAUU